AAUAUGUAUAUUUUUGUACAAAGCAUUAACUCGUACGUACUUUAUAUAUCUUCUUCUUCUUCGUCAUUCUUCUCAAAUCUCAACCCUUCUACUAGUAAAAUUUACAGAAAAGAAAAAACUUUUUUUUUUUUUUUUUUGGGUCUUCAUUCCACACAAUUCCUCUAACAAAACCCCUAACCCUAGCAGGAACAAUGGUACUUCCGGCGACAAUGGCGGAGCUAUGGACGACGGUGGGCUCCACCGUCGCGAGCUUCAUGUUCAUCAUGGCGAUCAUCCGGCAGUACUGUCCUUACGAAAUCCAGAGGCUCCUCGAGAAGCUCACCCACCAGAUCACCUCCUUCUUCUACCCCUACAUCGGAAUCUCCAUCCACGAGUUCUCCGGCGACCGGCUGAAGCGCAGCGACUUCUACGCGAACGUCGAGGCCUACCUGAGCUCCAACACCGCCAAGUCCGCGAAGCGGCUCAAGGCGGAGGUGGGAAAAGACUGCUCCAAUAUAGUCCUCAGCAUGGACGAGUUCGAGCGAGUCACCGACGAGUACCGCGGCGCGAAGGUGUGGUGGGUCCUAACGAAGACGGCGGCGCCACCGAGGCCUUUGUCAAUGUCGUAUUACCCCGAGCAAGAGCGGCGGUUCUACAAGCUGAGUUUCCACAAGAGGUACAGAGAAACAGUAACCGAGUCAUAUCUAGGGCAUGUUAUGAAGGAAGGGAAAGAAAUUAGGGUUAAGAAUAGACAGAGAAAAUUGUACACAAACUCUCCUGGCUAUAAAUGGCCAAGCUAUAAGCAAACCAUGUGGAGCCACAUUGUGUUUGAGCAUCCAGCCACUUUUGAGACCAUGGCAUUGGAGGGAAAAAAGAAAAGGGAGAUAAUAGAAGAUUUGAUGACGUUUAGUAAGAGCAAAGAGUUCUAUGAGAGGAUUGGGAAGGCAUGGAAAAGAGGGUACUUGCUUUACGGCCCGCCGGGGACCGGAAAAUCCACCAUGAUUGCUGCCAUGGCCAAUUUGCUGAGCUAUGAUGUGUAUGAUCUUGAGUUGACGGCCGUGAAGGACAACACCGAGUUGAGGAAGUUGUUGAUUGAGACCACAAGUAAGUCUAUGAUUGUCAUUGAGGAUAUUGAUUGUUCUCUUGAUCUCACUGGCCAGAGGAAGAAAAAGGGUGAGAAAUUUUCUAAGGAGGAUAAGAAAAUGAAUGAUGAUGAGUUUAGUAAUAAGGAAAGGAAAGAAGCAAAAGAAGAGGGAAGUAAUGGGAAUCAUGGUAGUAGUAAAGUUACUCUUUCUGGGCUUUUGAAUUUCAUAGAUGGGCUUUGGUCAGCUUGUGGGGGUGAGAGGUUGAUUGUGUUUACAACAAAUUAUGUGGAGAAGUUGGACCCUGCUUUGAUAAGGAGGGGUAGAAUGGACAAGCACAUUGAGCUCUCUUAUUGCACCUUUGAAGGGUUCAAAGUGCUUGGCAAGAACUACUUGGGAAUUGAGUCUCAUCAAAUGUUUGAUAAAAUUGAAAAUUUGAUGGGGGAGGUCAAGAUUACUCCCGCGGAUGUCGCGGAGAAUCUCAUGCCGAAAUCUCCCAUGGAUGAUCCGGAGAGGUGUCUUUCAAACUUGAUUCGAGCUCUCGAGGAGGCCAAGGAAGAAACCGCGGCGGUUGAGGGAGCGGCGGAGGAGGCUAAGAGGAGCGCUGAAGAAGAAAAUGAGAUUGAACCAACAAAGGAAGAGGCAGUAUCACUUUAGGCGCAGGGUGAUAAAAAGGUACUUGAAAAACCAGCUGAUCAAACUAGGAGAUUUAAGAAUUUUGUUAUACUUUCUAUAGUAAAGAAAAUUAAUAGUUUUUUCUCAACCAUUUUAUUUAGAGCUAUGUUUCAGUUGCUGCGGUUAAAGUAUAUGUAACGGGUCUAUUUUUAUCUUGAAUGUCCGUAUUAGUAAAAUCAUUGA